CACAUAUCCAGACUUCCUCCAUGCCUCCAAUUUCUCCCUCUUCUCUCUCUCGUCCCUUCUUCUCUCUCAGUCCUCCCUCAAGCUCCAGCACCGAUCCUCAUGGUUGCGAGCGUGCAGACCCUGCAGCAACCCUUCCUCUCACUCGCCGUCGCCGUCUCCAGCACCCAUCCCCGUCGCCGUCUCUCAGCGAUCUUUCUCUUAUCCCUCUCACUCGCCGUCGACUUUCUCUCGCCGGUUCAAGGCUCAAGUGUCGACCCACAAAUCCCCUCCUUUGCAAGAGGAAGGAGAAUGAGACAGAUGAUGAUGAACAAGACAGAUGCGGUGUUGAGCGAAAGCAAGGUUGAAGAGCAAAAUGCUACGUUGAGCGAAAGCAAGGUUGAAGAGCAACAAUGGCCAUUAAUGAAAGAGACUGAAGAUAAAAAUGCGCCAUUGUUGGACAAGACUGAAGGAAAUACUGCAUCAUUGCUGAACGGGACUGUUGAGCAAAAUAUGCCAUUGUUAAACAAGACUGAAGACGAAAAUGCUGAAUUGAGCGAAAAAAAGAUUGAAGAGCAACAAUGGCCUGUGAUGAAAGAGAUUGAACAGAAAAAUGCGACUUUGUUGAACGAGGCUGAAGAGAAAAAUGCUUCGUUAAGCGUAAACAAGUUUGAAGUGCAGGACACGACAUUGAUGAACAAGACUGAAGGGAAAAAUGCGCCAUUGUUGAACGAGACCGAAGAGAAUAAUGUGCAUUUUUUGUGGUUGUUUUGCAUUUUUUGGAGGAAAAAAAAAACCAAAAAAAAACCGAAACCGAACCGAAAAAAACCGAAAAAAAUUUGGGCCGAACCGAACCGAACCGAAAUUUCGGUUUGGUUUCGGUUUUGGCAAAAAACCGAACCGAUAAGAACCGAACCCAGCCCUACAGCAAGGCAUGCAAAUAAAUGGUGUGCAGUAUUAUUCGUGAUGGAGAGCCUGCAGCAGUUUUUCACGUUUUCAAAAACAUACAGCAUGAUAUAAUAUAUAUAAUUAAU